CUCACACGGUAAGUGGAAGUGCGUUUAGGCAGCACUUAGGUCUCGCUAGAGGGGCGGCGUAGGGCGCGUAUAUAAGCGCGCAGGGCCCAGCGCAGGCCAAGUCUACAGCAACCCCCGAAAGGCACCACUUGACGAUAUGAAGGCUACUCUGUGCGUACUCCUCCUGGUCGCGGCGGCGGUCUGCGGCGCCGAGCAGAAGAAGAACGAGAAGCGAGGCCUGCUGGGACUCGGCUACGGCGGGCUGGGCUACGGCGGACUCGGCUACGGCGGCUGGUCCGGCGGACACGGACUGGGCUUGUACGGCGGACACGGGUUGGGCCUGUACGGCGGACACGGACUGGGGCUGUACGGUGGACACGUAUCGGCGCCCAUCGUGAGCCACAGCGUAGCCAUCCCCGCGCCGGUGAUCAGCCACAGCGUGGCCGCGCCCAUCCUCGACCACGGCUACAUCGGUGGUCAUGGCCUCGUGGGCGCGCCGCUGCUGGGCCUGGGCCACGGCUGGCAUUGAGGCGUCACUGCGUAAUCCUCCUAGUCUAUAAGGAAUCUGUACACACCACCGGGGAGCCCGUCGCACGCUGUCGUGUGCCUUUCAGUGCCAAAUUAUAGUAUUCUCUCCGGUGUAAUGUAUUGCUAUUUUAAGUUCAUUAAAUUGUAAAAUGUGAAACUAA